AUCACGCCAUUCCACUGGAUAUUCAUCCACCACCUUUCCAUUCUUUGAACAAGAAUCAAAAAUCAUUCGGAUAAUUACGAAACCUGCUUCGCCCUUCAGUAACACCGACAUUCCGCUCCUUCACUCUCGCCCUCGCCCUCCUCUUUCCUGACUUUUUCACUCUUAUUACUCCACAUUUUUUUUGACAGCUACACACCUACGAUUUUACUCAUUAGCAUAACCUCUCUCCAUCAAUACCGUUAACACCUUUUGAACAUCAACAUGCUUGCUCGUACUACUCUCUGCGCCUUGGUUGCUCUCGCCAUGACUCUUUUGACCACUGUCACCGAAGCCCACUCUUGGGCUGACUGUGUCGACUGGCGCUUCAAUGACCCUAAAAAUCCAGGCUGGACCAACAAACACGGAAAGUGCUUUGGCUGGGCUCGCAAGUACCCUGUCACCUCCAGAGUCACUUUUGGUGGCCUCGACUCGGCCUCCCCUAACCGCCACUACCAACAAAACCCCAGUGACUUCACUUCCUGCUCCGAUGGUAGACAUGGUCGUGAACCUGGUGCUGAUGAGACACGCCAGAACCCCAUCUCCAAAGCUUAUGGUGGAAGAUACGGCGCCAUGGCCACUGGCAAAGCCGGCGAAGAGAUCUGUGUCCGCUGGCCCGCUAAGAACCAUGCAGUCCCCGAUGAAGACGAUCGCGGCGUAUUCAUCAACAUGCCCAGCGAGCCUACUAACCGUGAUCCUUCUCAGUCUCAGCUCAUGAAGAUGAAUAUUGCCAAACUCCCUUACAAGAACUGCAACCACAUUCGUGGUGAUACCGACCAUACUCCAUGCGGAGGCUGCUUCAAGAUCCCAGAGGACCGCAAGACUGGUACCUACAUGGUUCAGUGGCGCUGGGAGUUGAAUGACGACGAGUGGUACACUUCUUGCUGGGAUCUCCGUGUCAUUGGCCGCGAGGAAGAAGAGAAGGAAGAUGACGGUGAGAUUAAGCCUCCUGUUCCUAUCCCUAACAACGGUACUCUUAGCAACAUGACUUGCAUCUUCAAGGAUCUUGCUGAGGAUAACUAAAAAAAAGAGCGCAUUUUCUCUUUUUCUUUUUCAGAUAAAUAUUGAAGGCUGAAUGAGGCUGGCUCCUCCUUUUCCAUCUAUAUUUAUUCCCAUAUAUUCACUCUAUCACCUUAAAAAAAAUCGUAGAACAUCAUCACAUUGGCAAUGAAAACAAUAGCAUGAUCUGCACCGUAUAUUAUGUGUACUAAGUAAAUGUAAAUUAAAAGUUCAUAAAAAAAAAGUGUAGAUGCU